ACAAUUUCAACUUCAACUUCCUCUCACACACCAACAAUGCCUCCUACCACUCCGAAAUCGAACCACUUUCGAUCAAUCAGUUUGCCUGGACGAUCACAUUCUAACCAUGUUAGGUCAAUCAGUACGUCUGAAUGUACACAUCAAAGCACAGAAAGACUCAAAGAGGCGAUCAACAAUCUCGGAGCGUUGGAAGUGUCAACCGCGUCAUCAGCAGAGGUAAUGUACCGCGGUCUACUUGGUCUAGAGGAGUUAUACAAGUGUGUGAAUGUUCUACUUAACUUGCCACAAACCCUUCACGCAUUCUCCCAGUAUCGUCUUGGGCGGAUGGUUGAAGAUUUAUUGGAUAAAUCGGUGAGACUACUCGAUCUAUGUGGCACGACAAGGGAACUUGUCUUGCAAUAUAAAGAAAAUGUUCGCGAUCUUCAAUCCUCUUUAAAAAGGAGGAAAAAAGAUUCAACAACGGAAAGUAGCAUGACUAAAUUCGCCUCCUUUAGCAAGAAGAUUAAGAAGGAGGCUAAAAGAUUAGUCGUGGUUCUAAAACAGAUGGAUCAAGAGACUGAACGGGCAUUUGUACCCAAAGAUGCUGAUCAGGAUACAGUAGAUAUGAUUAAAACACUUAAGGAAGCCAACGCGAUGCGCAUUUCCAUGUUCCAAAUGUUCUUGACCUUCUUAUCUGUCCCUCUUCUGAAGCCGAAGGUAUCUAAAUGGUCAUUGGUUUCUCGAUUAUUGGUAAACAAAGGAAGAUUGGCAUGCGAAGGCGAAGAAGGAAAGAUGAAUUUGGAAACCAGGCUUGAACCAUUCGAAGCCCACCUCGACAACUUUGAGAAUGGUUUGGAAGGAAUAUAUAGGUGCAUGAGUAGAUCAAGAAGCUCUCUCUUGAAUAUCUUGAAGGAACUCGGAUUCAGUACACCCAUGUGGUUCAACCUGGAGUUAUGUAAAGAGAAAAAAGAGACCACCGUUGAAAAACUCUUUGGAGAGUACAUGUGUCUCUUCAGAAAAAGUCCAAAUGUUAGAACUUCUCGUUAUAAAAGUGUACGUUCUUUCUAGAAGAAUAAAAAGAAACACUCUCUCACUCUCACUCUCACCCUCACUCACACACACUCUUGACAAAAACUUGCUUCUUCUUAUCUGAACUUUAGCAGAAAAAUCCUAAGAAGAGAAGAACGAGGCUAGCGAUCUCAUAUUGAACAUUUGGAACGAUCUUUUAUAUAGGUAUGAUCAUUGACUGUUAAUUUAUACAGUGUAAUUCGUCU